AUGGCGGCGCCGGGCUGGCUGCGCCCUCGGGCCCGGCUGGCCGCGGCCCUGCGCUGCGUCCGAGCGGCGCGGAACUGGAAGCAUCGGGCGCAGCAGCCGCCCCGCACGGAGCCGGUCCAGGCGGCCCUCUACGUGCACUGGCCGUACUGCCAGAAACGCUGCAGCUACUGCAACUUCAACAAGUACAUCCCCCGGGGCCUAGACGAGGAGUCCAUGAGGAGCUGUCUCACUCGGGAAGCCCAGACCCUGAUCCGCCUCAGCCAGGUCCAGAGGAUCAGCUCGGUGUUCUUCGGCGGGGGCACCCCGAGCCUGGCCAGCCCGUUCACCAUCGCUACUGUCCUGGAGACCGUCUCCCGCUGCGCCCACUUGGCAGCAGACGCUGAGGUCACUCUGGAAGCCAAUCCCACCUCGGCAGGUGCCUCGCGGCUGGCGGGAUUCCAGGCGUCGGGCGUCAAUCGCCUCUCCAUCGGCAUCCAGUCCCUGGACAAUGCGGAGCUGAGGCUCCUUGGGAGGAACCACACAGCUGAUGAGGCUCUGGGGACCUUGGAAGAGGCAAAGAAGCUGUUUCCCGGCCGCACGUCCGUUGACCUCAUCUUUGGCCUCCCCGGCCAGAGUGUUUCCUCGUGGGCCAGGGGGUUAGAAGAGCUGCUUCAGCUGUGUGAUGACCAUGUGUCUCUGUACCAGCUGACGCUGGAGAGGGGCACCUCCCUCUUCAAGCAGGUCCAACGGGGCUCUCUGCCCGUGCCCAAGCAGGAGGUGGUGGCGGAGAUGUAUGAAUCUGCCCGGGAGAUGCUGCGGGACGUGGGAUUCCGGCAGUACGAGGUCUCCAAUUUUGCCAGGAAUGGGGCGCUCAGUACCCACAACCUGUCCUAUUGGCAAGGCAGCCAGUACAUAGGGAUCGGGCCAGGAGCUCAUGGGAGGUUUGUGCCGCGAGCACAUGGCGAGAGCCUUCGGGAAGCCAGGAUACAGACCCUGGAGCCGGACAGCUGGAUGAAGGAGGUGCUGGCCUGCGGACACGGGACCCGGAAGCGGACUGUGCUGAGCCAGCUGGAGGUGUUGGAGGAGGUGUUGGUCCUCGGGCUCCGCACGGACAUCGGAAUCACACACCAGCACUGGCAGCAGUUUGCAACCAGCCUGAGCCUGUGGGACAUGUUUGGAAGUUCAGAGAAAGUGAAAGAGUUGGAGGAUCAGGGCUUGCUGCUUUUGGACAAUAGGGGGCUCAGGUGCUCUUGGAAAGGUUUGGCGGUGCUGGACUCUCUCCUGCUGACCCUUCUCAACCAGCUCCAGCAGUCCUGGGCAGACAGAACAGCCCAUGGGACCUGA